GGACCAUUGUUACCCGAUCAGCCGGAGAAGCCAGCCAUUCCGAGAUGUCUUUCAUUUCAAGGAGCAGACCUAACGAUGCCCUGUACGGACUGGGAUAAUCUUGCCUUGCCUGGCCAAGCUUUUCUGCCCCAAGAGGAGACUCUGGCUAGAACCAAGGAGAGAGUCCCGCUCAAAAAGCAGAGAAACCAGAAAGAAUGCCUGGAGAGAAGCCUGGAGCAGGAGAAGACUGGGGAGGCCAAGAAGCAGAGCCAGGAGGAUGAGAGGGAGGAGAAGAGGAAGGACGGGGAAGUCACCGUGAGGCCCAGGGAGAUUGUCAAGGAGAGGGCGAAGGAGCAGAGGAGAGUCAGGGAGGCCACGAGGAAGCAGCGGAGAGAGAAAAAGGAGAAGACUAAGGCACUGCUCAUAAAUGUGUCUGCUCUGGUAAAGCCCUGGGAGGAGGAAGAGAAAGAGUGCAGAAAGGAAGAGGUGGAAGGGACGGGGAGCAGCCAGGUGCCCCAAAGCAAAUACGCAGAGCUUCUAGCAAUAAUUGAAGAACUAGGGAAGGAGAUCAGACCCACCUACGCAGGGAGUAAAAGUGCCAUGGAGAGGCUAAAACGAGGCAUCAUUCAUGCUAGGGGAUUAGUUCGGGAAUGCUUGGCAGAAACGGAACGGAAUGCAAGAUCCUAGCCUCCCAUUUGACUUUGAAGGUUUUCCAUCUCUUUAUGAAGAAAAAAUAAUACUUAUUCCUCCGGUGACUUUUGGAAACAUUCAGAUGGAUCUUUUAUUUGGAGUGUUUUAACAUUUUAGGUUAUUUCUUCUCUUCCCCCCACCUCCCCCACCCCACCUGAAAUACAGUCUACAAUUAAUUAUAUGAGAAAGAAAGAUUUUUGCAGUUCAUUAGGGCCUAGUUUUAAGUAGUUAGAAACAACCCAGAUUUUCUUAAAGCAUUCUGAGACAAAAACUGCAUGUAGAAAGAUAUGCUUACCUUUUUGCAAACUAUAGUUUGUUUUCUGCUAGCCUGCCAAGCCUUUUAUGUUUCUUUCUUUGAAUAUCUUUGUGUUACUCAAAUUGUUGCUCUCUACACCUUUUACCAUAAGUUACAACAGCUCUAGGACUUUGUUUUUAAUAAGUAAAUGCUGACAGCACGUUUUACCCAGUAGUCUGGUAUGUCCCAGUUUGCCAUACAACGUAGACCCUGCUUAAAAAUAACCUUGUUUUGUUGGCGUAAGAAUUUGCAUGAUUGUUAGUGCUUUGGAGUCAAUUUAAAAUGCAUGAGUUAUAAAUACCGAAGACAGAUCAACCUACUAAACAUAACAAGACCCCAGAAAAUUAAUUUUCAUACUAAGACUGUAGAUUUCAGUUGUAAGUUUGCCACAAAAUGAACAAAAAUCUGGAUAAAUGACUAAAACUGUUAUUUGCAUCUUUGUAUGUAUUUAUUACUUGAUGUAAUAAAGCUUAUUUUCAUUAACAA